GGCGGGGGGCGGGCAGCGGGCUAGUCCCCUCCCAGCCGGCCCCGCCCGCUGCCUUUGAAUCUCGUUCAGCCCAUUGUGCGCUCGGCGGAGCCCGGUGGGAAGGGGAGCGGACGCCUGCCCGCGGCGGGCAAAGGGCUUGUUGGAAAUGUCCCUCCGGGAGCCCCCCCCUGCCAGUCUGGGGUCCUGGGGGCUCCUGCUCCUGAGCCUUCUCCUUGCCCCGCUUGCCUGCCGGGCGUGCCCAGCCCCCUGCGAGUGUUCGGAACCAGCCCGGACUGUCAAGUGUGUCCUGAAGGAGCUGAGCGCUGUUCCGGCUGCGAUCCCCGGGUAUACCCGCAACCUCUUCAUCACCAGCAACCAGAUCGCUCGCCUCGGCAGCCAGGACUUCCGGGGGCUGCCCAACCUGGUCACCCUCUCCCUGGCCAACAACAGGAUCAGCGCUGUGGAGUCACACGCCUUCUCUGCCCUCCCCAGCCUACGUUACCUGGACUUGAGCAAUAACCGCUUGGCUACCAUCCACCCCGACGCUUUCAACUCCAGGAACAACUCCAUCCAGGAGCUGAACCUGAGCCGCUCAUUCUACAACUCCUCCACCAUCCGGCCCGUGGCAGCCGCCAUAGUCCAGGGCGGCUUCCGGAGCCUCUCCAAGCUGGAGCUGACCAACAAUGAGAUAGUCUACCUGCCGCUGGGCAUGUUCUCCAGCCUCCGCAGCCUCCGGCACCUGGACUUGAGGAACAACUCCCUGGUGGACAUUAAGAACUCCACUUUUGCUGGCCUCGACCUCGAGCACCUCGACUUGACCUUGAAUGCCCUCAAGACCCUCCGGAUUGAGGCGCUGGCUGAGCUGGGGAGGCAGCUGCACCUUCGCCUCUUCCUGAGGGAGAAUCCUUUCGUGUGCAACUGCGACAUUGAGGACCUGGUGAGCUGGCUGAAUCAGAGCCAGCAGGUGGCCGACGUGGAGAAACUGGCCUGUGUCUUCCCCCGGCACCUCCAGAACACAUCCCUGAUGGACCUGGCCGGGGCAGAGCUGGGCUGCCACUCCAGCCAGCACAGCCAGAACACUCUGCAAACCUCCUACGUUUUCCUGGGCAUUGUUCUGGGCAUCAUCGGCAUGGUCUUUCUCUUCGUGCUCUACCUGAACCGCAGGGGCAUCAAGACGUGGGUGAACAGCACGCGGGACGCCUGCCGCAACUUCAUGGAGGAGUAUCGCUAUCGUUACGAGAUCGACUCCGACCCCCGCGUCACCCAGGUCUCCACCUUGGACAUAUGACCACGUUCCUCUCGAGAGCCCACGGGGGGAGGCUCUUCGGAUGGCUUUGUGAGCUUUCAGGGGUGGCCUGGUGCUACCCAUCUCCAGAACCAAUUCAUCUGCCUGGUGAUGAGCUGUGACGCUCCUUGUGACGGAGUUAGAACUUUUUUCUUCUCCUGUUUGAGGGACCUUGCUGGGGGGAGGGGGAAGGCGCAAUCUCCCCCUGCAUGGUCUCUCUUGCAUUGUAUUCCUGGCCCUCGGGGAACCCCUCUGGCAGUGGGACUCAGCCUUGGGCAGAUCUCUUUGUGGGCAUUAUAAAGCGGACACAAGACAGGGAUUUCUGCCUCCCUUUGGCUUCAAGCUUCCAUUCAGGUACUUUUGGGGUGGGAGGCUCUAUCCAAUGCAGGGAGUUGCUGCAGUGGGAUCACAAGAACUGCCCCACGGGACCAACCCACCGGCUCGGUUAGCUCAGCAUCCGCACUCUUCUACAGCAUCAAUGCAAACCUUGGAGCUAACGCAAUAAUAAACCUUGGGGGUAUGUGGGAGAUUCCUUCCUAACCCCAGCUGCCGAUCGGCCUACGCCCUGGAGCAGGUGGAUCGAGAGCCCUGGGGAUGGUUCAUUUAGCUUUGAAGCCACUGCUGCCAGUGGAGGGAAUGAGCUAUGAAAACCCAGGGCAGUGUCUGGAAAGCCCACUAGGGGGCCCCAUGCCGGCAGGGGCAGGACAGCUGGGCUUUCACCAGUAUCCUGGGAUGAAAGGGCUCGUGCGGCUCACUCUCCUCCUGCUUUCGGAGAUGCUGGCUGAAUCCUGGGGACGCCAGCAAGUCCUUCCUCGCGCAGGCGCCCUGCAGGAGCUGGGCCGGGAGGGAGGGAAGUUUUACAUGGGGGGAUUCUUUGAGGGGUUUUAUUACUGUACAUAUUGUAAACCAGGGGAAUGGGGGAGGGGGGAUUUUGUUUUUCUCAAUGCACUGAGCACACGGAAUAACCAUCCCGGCUGCUGGCAAAUUCCUGUUAUGAACUAAAGCCCAGAUUGUUAAUGCUGUGGUGGCGGUGCUGCACGCGGUGUCACGGCGCCCAACUGACUUAGGAGCCCAAUCGCACUUUCCAAAGGGAUUUAGGCACUUAGGAGUCCCCAUCCGUCGACCGCCAAUGGACUUAGGCUCCAGGGCCUAACUGCCUAUGGGGAUUAGGCUCCCCAGGCAGCCUGGCAUUGGGCAUUGAGUGCAGCAACGUGAUAGCAUCACCGGGCUGGGAUCUUCCAGGCAAAUCUUCCUCGGGUGUCAGUUCGGGGGUCGCCGCACGGGCUGACCAGUGCGCUCCAAGCGGGGCGGCGGCUGCCUUCCCCCCCCACGAGGUGGGGGGAACAUGCUCCUACUGGUUUUGUCGCCCAAUUUGGACCAAUAAAUGAUUUCUCAAACUGC